AUGUGGGGAACUGGGGUCACGGCCGAGGGCCUGUCGGUGGCGCCGGCGCCGCCACCACUGCUGCCGCUGUUGCUGCUGCUGGCGCUGGCGCUGGUGGCGCCCUCGCGGGGCGGCGGGGGCUGCGCGGAGCUGGCGUGCGGCGAGCGGGAGCGCUGCUGCGACGCGGCCAACGCCACGGCAGUGCGCUGCUGCAAGCUGCCCCUGCAUGCCUUCCUCGACAACGUGGGCUGGUUCGUGCGCAAGCUCUCCGGGCUGCUCAUCCUGCUCGUACUCUUCGCCAUCGGCUACUUUCUGCAGCGCAUCAUCUGCCCCAGCCCCCGCAGGUACCAGCGCGGGCAAGCGCGGCCCGGGCAGGCACGGUCGGGGCAGCCGGGGGGCGGCGGGCUGCCGGGAGCCGCGGAGCCGCCCGACGACGACGACUCGCCCGCUCUACUGCGGGACGAGGCUGCCGCCGGCUCUCAGGACUCGCUGCUGGACAGUGGCAGCGGUGGUCGAGGGCGGGGAGGCGGCGGGUUCUCGGUCCCUUCCUGCGCCUCGGAGCACGAACUGCGGUUAGUCUCGCCGGCCUUCCUGCAGCUGCCCAGCUACGAGGAGGUCAAGUACCUGCCAACCUACGAGGAGUCCAUGAGGCUGCAGCAGCUCAGCCCCGGGGAGGUCGUGCUGCCCGUGUCGAUGCUUGGCCGCCCUCGAAGCGGCAGCACCGGGGAGCACGACGGCGGCGAGGGCCGCUUCCCGCUUAUUUGA